AUGAUGGAUUCGUUACCACCUCUUGAACCUACAAUAGAACAACUUCCUACAUUGGACGUAGAUAGUCUUACAUAUGAAAAGCGCCGUUUAGAAAAUUCGAUUUAUCAUUUAAAUCGUUCAAAUGAGGAAUUGAAAAAUUAUGACGAAAAUGAUAACGAUUUCAAACUGGCGAUUAAAGAAAACGAGGAACUUAUAAUAAAAUUGCGCGACAAAAUCAAUCUCAUUGAAAAUAUUUUGACAGAAAGACGGCAAAAAGGGAACAAUUGUAUAGAAGUUGAAAUCUCCCAGACGACAGAAUCAAAUAUACCGAAUUCAACAAAUUUUGGCGUACACGAGAAUCAAAUGACACUUGAUGUUUCUAAUAUGCCUAAUGAUAAUUCAGAAAAUGAUAUGAACGAACAAAGUACAUCAGACGAACAAAUGAAUAAUGGAUUUUAUUUGUGA